AUGGCAUCAUCUGUUGCAAGUGAGCGAGUAUUCUCAGCUGGGGGUAUCACCAUCAAUAAGCUCUGUAACUGCUUGUGGGAAGAUGUUGUCGAGGCGCUCCAGAUUCUCAAGUUCACCCUUCGCAACAGUGAUGAUAACGUCUGGGAGCAACACACUCUGGCUACUGAGGAGUCCCUCGAAGAAGAGCAGGCCCAUGAAGAUGACACUAUGAAGGGUAUUGGUAAUACUACGUCAGACUGGCUUUUGGAUGCUGAUUGUUUCAUUGAUGGAGAUGAUGUCCUUGAUGAUACCUUCAUGUAA